AAGGGAGCAAGAAGCAACUAAAAAUGAAGGUCGUCGCUGCUUUCCUCCUCAUCUCCCUGCUCUCUCUGCAGGAUUCCACAGCUGCCCCCUGGAAUGGACGCAGCUUUGAUUACAACAAUGUAGGCUCAGGCAGCAUGAAUGACAAUGGAAAUAGCUACGGGGACGGAGGAGCAAAUGGAGGCAGCUUUGAUAACAACGUAGCUGGUAGUGGCAGCUUCAACGGCAAUGGCAAUUCCUUUGCAGCUAACGGAAACAGUUUUAAUGGGAACCGAGUAGGAUCUGGCAGCUUCAAUGACAAUGGAAAUGGUCUUGGCAAUGGAGGAAAUGGAGGCAGCUUUGAUAACAACAGAGCAGGUAGUGGCAGCUUCAACGGCAAUGGCAAUGCCUUUGCAGUGAAUGGAGGCAGCUUUGAUAACAACGUAGCUGGUAGUGACAGCUUCAACGACAAUGGCGAAUAG